UAUCGACACUGCAGUGACACGGUGUGAGGAGUAUAGUGUAAACACAAACACAACAACUGAAAAGAACUGCCAGUGGGUAUAUAUAUCUUCCGGAUAGACAUUAGAAGACGAGGUCAACAACAAGGAGGUCUAUUGGUGAAAGAUGAGGAAACACCGUGCCACGUUUGCCAUGAGCUGAUUUUGGUUCCCCGAGGCACAGUUUGGUUGUGCCCCGGGGGUGAUUGGCACCCGAGUCGGGUUCACAGGGGGAACAACUCCCAACCCAACUUAUAGAAACAUGGGUGACCACACAGAGACUGUCGAGGUUGUGUUUGAUCCAGAGUUAACCAGUUUCCGUGCUCUGCUGGGGAUGUUCUGGAAGAAUCACGACCCAACUUCGUCCCACAGUCGGCAGUACAUGUCGGCCAUAUUCUACCAUGAUGAAGAGCAGCGGAAGAUGGCGGAGCUCACUAUGAAGGAACAGCAGAGUAGUCGAGCCCGCCCCAUCGCCACAGUGAUUACCAAGGCAAAGACUUUCUAUAAUGCUGAGGACUACCACCAGAAGUAUAUGCUGCGUCAUUACCCUGACCUCGUCCAGUCACUCCGCCUCAACAACGAUGAGAUCAUCACAUCAGCUGUGGCAGCCCGACUCAAUGGCUACCUCGGCGGGAAUGGAAAUCUGGAGCAGUUUGAUGAGGAAUGUUCCACAUUUGGCCUGUCAAGAAGUCAAAUGGAGGUUGUCAGGAAGAAGGUCAACAGUCGCAUGUAGUCCCAGUUGGCCCUUACCCUAACCCUAAACCCUAACCAAGUCCAAGCCCUAGCACAAUCCCCACCCAAGCCCUAGCACAAUCCCCACCCAAGCCCUAGCACAAUCCCCACCCAAGCCCUAGCACAAUCCCUACCCAAGCCCUUGCACAAUCCCCACCCAAGCCCUAGCACAAUCCCUACCCAAGCCCUAGCACAAUCCCCACCCAAGUCUAGCACAAUCCCUACCCAAGCCCUAGCACAAUCCCCACCCAAGCCCUAGCACAAUCCCCACCCAAGCACAAUCCCUACCCAAGCCCUAGCACAAUCCCCACCCAAGCCCUAGCACAAUCCCCACCCAAGCCCUAGCACAAUCCCUACCCAAGCCCUAGCACAAUCCCCACCCAAGCCCUAGCACAAUCCCCACCCAAGCCCUAGCACAAUCCCUACCCAAGCCCUAGCACAAUCCCCACCCAAGCCCUAGCACAUUCCCUACCCAAGCCCUAGCACAAUCCCCACCCAAGCCCUAGCACAAUCCCUACCCAAGCCCUAGCACAAUCCCCACCCAAGCCCUAGCACAAUCCCCACCCAAGCCCUAGCACAAUCCCUACCCAAGCCCUAGCACAUUCCCUACCCAAGCCCUAGCACAAUCCCCACCCAAGCCCUAGCACAAUCCCUACCCAAGCCCUAGCACAAUCCCCACCCAAGCCCUAGCACAAUCCCUACCCAAGCCCUAGCACAAUCCCCACCCAAGCCCUAGCACAAUCCCUACCCAAGCCCUAGCACAAUCCCCACCCAAGCCCUAGCACAAUCCCCACCCAAGCCCUAGCACAAUCCCCA